GCGGCAGUUGACGGAUAAUCGUUGGAAGGACGACACGCCUGUACUUUACUUGAAAUAAAAUAAUACAAAACUAUAGUGAAGUAAUAAGAAAGUAGUUUUAGUGUUACUAUGUUCAAAUCUAAGUGCAUCCGUUAAGUUAGUGUAAGUGAACAAGUGACUUGGUCACGCUCAAAAAGCACCCUUGCUUCGACGACAUGGUCUAAUGCACAUUUACAAGACGGGGAAAAUAUACGCUUAUAAUGGAAUCUCCUAAAAUAAUAUACAAAUAUUACUCAAAUCCAGCAUUUUGCGCACAAAGCGAAGUGUUUCAGAAGCAAUGCAUUACAAAAGUCCUUACACCGGACAGGAAAAGGAUGCCGCCUCUUGGAGCAAAUUCUCCACGCAAAAUGGACCUUGCUAAUAGGAUAUUAAGGACUGAUAUAUCCGAUAAUCCUUUAAGGAUGUCGCCUGCUGGAAGAUUAAGGGACGAACCCCCAGAGCUACCACCGAAGCCAGCUAAGUUUAUGAACAGAAGUUUCCAAAGACAAUCAUCACUAGUAUACAAAACAUCUAGAACUUCAAUUCGAAGUAGAACAAGGAGUGAGGAUCUAGAAAUGGCACAAUUUAAACAGCAGCGGCGAUCAAAGUACGAGAGGAAUGCUGAAAGUGACGAUGGCUUAGAAGACAGCAGACUUAAACAUAGAUAUGAAGUAAUCAGAGACGAUUAUGACGAUUUAAUGGAUUACUCGCCUACGAAGAAGAGGAUAAUAGAAGCGAAAGCAGAAGACGUAGAAGAAUAUAAUGUAGACGGACCGGACGAUAAUGAAAUGAAGGAAAUACCGGCUGAAAUCGUGAAGACCGUGAAUGGUAGAACACUCAGAUACGCAAUAGUGCCGUCAGAUGAUGAGGAGCCGGUGAAAAAAGGAAACGUUACUUUCACAUCACCAGUCAUGAGCAGGAAAAAUCUGAUAGCAACGCAGAAACUGCACGAGCUAUUGUCCACGCCGAGGAAGUUAAAGAGUUAUGCGAGCCAGCCUUCCGUUCACGUUACACCAAACAAAUCUAUGGACAGCCCCCACAGAUAUGUAACUCCUAAAAAAAUGGUCUCGAGUACUCCAACACAAGGCGUGACACCAUCAAAAUCUUGUGCGAAUCUUACAAUGUCAAGAGGCAGCAUAACAACUUCUCCAAUUUCGCCUAAAGCUCAACAAAAGUUAAAUUAUGGUAUACCGGAAUUGGAACAGCAAGAUGUUUUUGUAACGAGUUUUAGAGAGAAGAGUAGAGAUAGGAGUUUAGAUAUGAGUAGAAGAGAAACCAGUAGAGAAAGUCGGAGAGACUACGAGAGGCGAGGCAAAGACCAAAAGGAUAAAACAACAGCUGUUAUAAUGCCCAGAGUGGCUCCCCCACCAGAGCCUUCGGAAUAUUCAGAGACUACAUACAAAUCGUUUACGACACUUAAACCAAGCAACGCCGCACCGCUCACUAUCGCCGCGCUCAUGCUCACACUCUGCGGCGCGCUCACUACCGGCCUCAGUUUCAACAUGAUGUACACUGUGAGUAUUCUGCGUUCUUUCUAUCAUUUACCCUUUUUUUUUAACGUCGAGGAAAUGCAUUAGGCACUACCCUGCCGCCCGGCAAGCGACAGGGGGUGUGUGGGACUUUCCUUCGUGAGCCCACCCCGAGGCUAGCCGCGCUGUGGGCUCCCGAAGGCCUACCCACAAAAACCCCUACGGUGUACCCUCCCCUGGGGAUGAGACCCGGGAUGCCGUGACCGAGUCGCCGGGACGCUCACCCCCCUUCUAUCAUUUACCCUAUGCGCAUAAAAUCAGCCUAGAACUCGACGUCAAGCUCUGCGGGGUCACAA